AUGAUAGCACAUGGCAAACUGUACACAAGAGACAUACUACAGAGAUGGAGAAUACAAGUUGAUCAAGAAUGUGUCUUAUGCAAACGAGCUAGUGAAACCAUUCAACAUCUGUUUUUCGAAUGUCCAUAUGCAAAUGCAUUGUGGAGUAAACUGUUAGUAUGGCAAGGGAUCAAAAGACCAGUGUAUGGAUGGGAUGAGGAACUAAGAUGGGCUGAGAAGUGGACUAAGAGGAAAAAUGCAGCAGCAGAAUUAUAUAAAAUGGCAUUAACAGCAACUGUGUACUAUGUGUGGCAAGAAAGAAAUAUUCGAAUUUUCCAAGCCAAGAGUAGUGGGAGUGUUCCUCCCGCAACCAACUCAGGACUUUCACCGCUUCCGCAUGAACCGGCUGACGCACCUAUUGAUAUUACUCUUGAUAGUGCUACGGAAUUGAGACAAAAAGAAGAGGCUGCUGCUGCAAGAGUAUUUCCAAGUCCCUCUAUUCUCUCUGAUUUUACAGCAGCCAUUGUUCUUGAGGCGAAAAAUUGGCCUCCAUUCUUCCCAAUUAUCCAUCACGACGUUGCAAAUGAAAUACCUGUUCAUUUGCAAAAGCUGCAAUAUGCUGCAUUUACAGCAUUUUUGGGACUUUCUGCGUGCCUUUUAUGGAAUAUCAUAGCUCUCACUAUAGCAUGGAUUAGAGAAGGAGAUGUAAAGAUCUGGUUCCUUUCUAUUAUCUACUUCAUAUCGGGUGUUCCAGGAGCGUAUGUAUUGUGGUAUCGUCCUCUUUAUCGUGCUUUUAGAACUGAGGGUACCAUGCAGUUUGCGGGAUUUUUCUUGUUUUACAAGCUUCAUAUUAUAUUCUGCGUCUUUGCUGCUGUUUCACCUCGAGUAGUUUUUGAUGGAAAAUCACUUACAGGUAUUCUACCUACAAUAGAUCUCAUGGGCGAUGACGUACUUGUUGGGAUUUUCUAUUUCAUCGGUUUUGGGCUGUUUUGUCUUGAAUCUGUGCUGAGCAUCUUGGUUAUAGUAAGUAUAUAUGUAUUUCUGUGGAAGUCGUAAAGGUGUAGAGAUGAAGCUCGAAGCUGCUAGAGGGGCUCUGAGAGCAACAAUAUAAUGGUGAAAAUGGCUGGUGAAAUGUGGUAUAUAUAGAAUUUGUUUCAUAUGUUUGAGUUAUCGUAGCAGAGCCUUUUGGAGCAACAGUAAAGUUGUCAUUGUAUGACUUGUAGGUCACGGGUUGAGCUGUAAGCAGCUACUAGUGCUUGCAUUAGGGUAGGUUGUCUACAUCACACCUUUUGGAUGCGGUCCUUUCUUGUACCCUACGUGAAUGCAGAAUAUUUUGUGCACCGAAUUACCUUUUUUUUUAUAUGUUUGAGUUAUCAUUUAGGAAAAAAAUAUAGAAAUUUACAU